GUAGGUCACGCAACCUUGGCAACUGGUCCCGGAAGCAAAACCCGAGGGGCGGAGAAGAAGGCGGAAAGGAGGGCCUGCGUCCGGGUAGGCCGGCAGGGGGCGGGGUGGGGCCGGGCAUGGUAACGGCUCGGAAGCCGAGGGGGCUGGGUCGGGGGGAGGCGGAGGGACCGGUGUCGGUCGCCGCCGCCGCCGCUGCCGCCGCUGCUCCAGCCUGUUCCGUGUGGCCCACGCGGGCCCCGCUGCGGCCAUGAUGAUCCACGGCUUCCAGAGUAGCCACCAGGACUUCUCCUUUGGGCCCUGGAAGCUGACGGCGUCCAAGACCCACAUCAUGAAGUCAGCGGAUGUGGAGAAGUUAGCUGAUGAAUUGCAUAUGCCAUCUCUCCCUGAAAUGAUGUUUGGAGACAACGUUUUAAGAAUCCAGCAUGGCUCUGGCUUUGGGAUUGAGUUCAAUGCUACAGAUGCAUUAAGAUGUGUGAACAACUACCAAGGAAUGCUUAAAGUAGCCUGCGCUGAAGAGUGGCAGGAAAGCAGGACGGAGGGUGAGCACUCUAAGGAGGUUAUUAAGCCGUAUGACUGGACCUAUACAACAGAUUAUAAGGGAACGUUACUUGGAGAAUCACUUAAGCUAAAGGUUGUACCCACAACAGAUCAUAUAGAUACAGAGAAAUUGAAAGCCAGGGAACAGAUUAAGUUUUUUGAAGAAGUUCUCCUGUUUGAGGAUGAACUUCAUGAUCAUGGAGUUUCAAGCCUGAGUGUGAAAAUUAGAGUGAUGCCUUCUAGCUUUUUCUUGCUGUUGCGGUUUUUCUUGAGAAUUGAUGGGGUGCUUAUUAGGAUGAAUGACACAAGACUUUACCAUGAGGCUGACAAGACCUACAUGUUACGAGAAUAUACAUCACGAGAGAGCAAAAUUGCUAAUUUAAUGCAUGUUUCACCUUCCCUCUUCACGGAGCCUAAUGAAAUAUCACAGUAUUUGCCGAUAAAGGAGGCAGUUUGUGAGAAGCUAAUAUUUCCAGAAAGAAUUGAUCCUAACCCUGCAGACUCAAAAGAAUGUACACCUGUGGAAUAGAAUUUAUUACAACAUAUACUGACCGUGGAAUCCGACUGGAGACCUUGGGGCUAUUUGGAGGGGGUAUUUUUAUUAUGAGAAUUAAUUGCCUUGUCUAUGUGCAGAUUUUCUGUAGCCUUAAAGGAAAAAUAAAUAAAUAAAAGAGUGUCGCAGGCAGUUUCCACUCAACUGCUGUUGUACUCUGUCUUCAAAUUCAUAUUCCAGAAAUUUAUAUCUUCUGGAGUUAAAUUCAGAUUUCUAAAUUGUCACAAAGUGGGGUCUCACCAGUAGGGGGUGAUGUGUGUAUCUCUCAGAAGCAGUGGCCAUAACCUGUAUCUAUCAUGAAACACUAUCUUCUACCACGAGGAAGUUACUUUAAAUCAGUGAAUCGUAAUACCUUGUGACUUUCAUAUGAUUCCUAAUUGUUCACGUUGAUGUAGUGGCUCUUUACCUUGGGUUUUUUGAUGUUUAUUCACACUUCUGGAGAGUCAUGACUUGCCUCCUAGGAAAUUGAUCUCAAAUGAUCUGUACCCAGAAAUUAAAAAGAAAAUUACCCUCCUAAAUUUUAAUUGGCUUUUGAAGUUUAAAGAAAGUUUCAGACAUAGAAACAAAUGAACUAGGUUUUUGGAGGACUUAAGGUGUUAUGUCCAUGGAAACACACAAUCAUGGUUUGCCACUGACAGGAUGUCAGAGCUGUCUCUCCUCCAUCUUUAGGUGCUUUUUCUUAUGUGUGGUUCUAUUUGUACUGACGUUUUUUACUUCCAGCUUCCACGCACCCUCAGAGUGAAUAAAUCUUUUGGAUAUUGAAUUUGAUAUUGGUCCUAAAAGGUUUGAAGUGUUAAUAUGGAUUGUUUUAAGCAAAAAUUACAUCAGCCUCUGAAGCAACCAGAUUAAUUUUCUGCUUAAAAUAUUUGAAGGGUAGCUGUGGAGGAGGAAGAGGCUUAUUUUAAAAUCUAAAAGCCAGUUUUUCCUUUUUUAAAUUCAUGUUUUUGGGAAUUCCCUGGCAGUCCAAUGGUUAGGACUCCACGCUUUCACUGCCAGGGGCCUGGGUUCAAUCCCUGGUCAAGGACCUAAGAUCCAGCAAGCCGUGCAGCAUGGCCAAAAAAAAAAAAAGAUUCAUGUUUUUAACAUUACAGGGGAUCCAAUAAAGUGUAAUUAAUUAGUAAAAGAUCUAGGUAGUACAGAAAGUUUACAAAAGUAAAUUUGAAAUCCAUUUGGUUAUUUUGAUGGUGACCCUUUAAACAUUUUAUAUUCUUUUCUGCCUUUUAAAAUGGUCUCCAUAAAGUAGCAAGUCGUUAUAAAGCACCAAGUAAGAAAUUACUUUUAAUGGAUUUAAAAAAAUAUUUUAUUUAAAGGGCAGGGGAAAAGAAUUACCCCCUUUUUUUCUUGUUUGAAACAGCUAUUGUACAUAUUUCCACUUGAUACAUAAAUCAUUAAAGAAGAAUAUUUAAUUUUAAGUAUUAGCAAAACUCUUCAGGUAUUAGCCUGAAGAUAAAUUUUAGUGAAACAAAUACAGUUGGAUAUUCAUCAUUACUCAGACUCUGGUGUGUUGUUGUGUAUAUUUUUUUUUAGCUAAUUUUAUUAGCUAAAUUUGGUCACAAAUGAUUUGGGUAUUUGUUUGCUCUCUGCUACAUCACCUUCAAGGUAUAGGAAAUCAGGAUUUUGUUGGCUUUGAGAAAAUACAUGGCAUGUUCACUGUAUGUUAAGUAUACCGGUACUUAAUGUUUUCCCUUAGGACAGAAAAGUGUAUAUAUUGUACUCUGCUCUCUGUUUAUUUUAUUUGCCAUGCAGAUUUGAACAGAACAGACUCUUUAGUCAUACAAAUUAUUAAAAAAUGAAAAACUGUAAUAUUUAUUAGUUGAAUUAGAGGUUUCUGGGCAGCAUCAUAUUACACAUAUAUUUUUAACUUGAUUCAGAUGUCUUAGUCCCUGAGUCAGUCUUAAAUUACUUAUUUUGAGAAUCCAUUGUUAAAAAUUGUAGAAUUGACUGUUUUAUAGAAGAAGGUGGGAGGUGGAUAGGAUGAGUGUACUUUUGAAAGCUUCAUUAGUUUAUUCCUGUGGAGAAUGCCAAGAAAACUUAUAUUUGCCCAUUGCUAAACAAGACAUAUACCAUUUUAUAUUUAUUUGUUCCAAGUGUCUUUUUGUAAGAGGAGAAUAAACAAUAAGUAAUUACCCA